AUGGCGGGAUUCCCUCUAGGCGGAGGAGGCCACCACAGCCGCGGCGGCCGUGACGACGACAGACAGCACGCUCCCGGCGCCACUAACCCUCCUGAGCCCUCCGCGGCCGCCUUCCUCUACGCCACCAGCGCCUCCCGCGGCGGAUUCCAGCUAUGGCAGCACGAGGCGCAGCAGCAACACCACCACCCCUUCUAUGGCGGCGCCUCCUCCAGCAUCAUCCGCUUCGCCGAUGACCCCGCCGCGGGCGCCGGGUCGUCGUCGUCGCGCGGCGGAGGGAGGGGCUCCAGCGCCGGCGCGGGCACCAUCAGCUGCCAGGACUGUGGCAACCAGGCCAAGAAAGACUGCCCCCACAUGCGCUGCCGCACCUGCUGCAAGAGCCGCGGCUUCGAUUGCUCCACCCACGUCAAGUCCACCUGGGUCCCUGCCGCACGCCGCCGCGAGCGCCACCACCAGCAGCCCGGCUCCGAGCCCGUCAAGCGCCCGCGAGAAGGAGGCCAGCCCUCCUCCACCACCCCUACCACCACUUCUUCAGGGGAGCAUCAGCAGCAGAUGAUGGCGGCCGACAGGUUCCCGCGGGAGGUGAGCUCGGAGGCGGUGUUCCGCUGCGUGCGGCUGGGCCCGGUCGACGAGGGCGACGCCGAGGUGGCCUACCAGACCACCGUCAGCAUCGGUGGCCACGUUUUCAAGGGCAUCCUGCACGACGUAGGCCCGGACACCUCGCUCGCCGCCGGGGCCCGCCACCAGCCCGCCGAAGGUUCCUCGCCGAGCACAGCAGCUGGUGGCGGCGGGGAAGGCGGAUCCGCAGCAGCAGCCGCAGCUGCCGCCGUCUCGUCAUCGGCUGUGGUGAUGGACCCGUACCCGACUCCAGGCCCGUACGGUUCCUACGGCGGCGCACCCUUCUUCCACGGCCACCACUCGAGGUGAUCAAACGGCCACCUCGUCUCGUCCUACGCUUUAGACGCCAUGCCAUUGCCACUCCAUGCCUUUGUUCGCUUUCUCAUUAGCUCUGAAAUUCUUAGCUCACUACUGGGAUCGAUCGGUCGACAUGAUAGCUUCGAUUGAUCUUAUUGAUGCAAACAUAAAUUGAU